CUUCACUCAUCAGUUUCCGAACUCAACCCAGCUUCCAAGAGUAGUGAUUCUUGAGUUUAAUUCAACAGAAUGGCUGGCUCAGUAGCUGUCAAGGUCUCAUGCCUGGUGUUGAUGUGCAUGUUGGUGGCUUCGCCCAUGGCAGUAGAAGGGUUGUCGUGUGGUGACGUAGCAACCCAGAUGGCCUCGUGCAUCAGCUACCUGAGGGGUACUGGCCCAUUGCCUCCGGCGUGCUGCAAUGGUGUUAAGAACCUCAAAACCUCUGCCACCACCACACAAGACCGCAGAACCGCUUGCAAGUGCUUGAUAAGUGCUUCUAAAACCAUCUCUGGUGUGAACUUUGGUCUGGCUGCUGGCCUCCCUGGCAAAUGUGGUGUCAGCAUUCCUUACAAGAUUAGCCCCUCCACCAACUGCGACCAAGUGAAUUGAGGUGACUGGAGGAGCGAGGAACCUGUUUAGCAGCAUGAAAAUAAAGCGGACGUUGAGUCCAGUGCUCGGGACUCCACUCCAGCAAGUGACCUGUAGUAGUUGUAGUAAUGUGUGUCCGUGUCCCAUUCUACUUGUUUGCCAUCUAUCUAUCUGCUUGAGUGAGUGAGCGAGUGAGUGCCUAUCCAUGUAAUAAUUAUCCUUACGGGAACCAUGCUGGUCUACUUUUUUCUAUACCA